UUAUUAUUAUUAUUUUUAAAAUAUUAUGAUGACAUAAGAGCAGAGCACACAGCGGGCGUAUUGUCAUAAAGAGUAUUGUUGGCUAAAUGAUCUUCUCUGAGGCAGCCAAUACAAAGCUUCAGUGAUGUGGGAUGGAAAGCCCAGGAUGGGGCAUUUUAAUAGGUCUGUAUGACAACGCAGAGAUUUGUCUGUGCACUGUACCUCACUAACUGUAUUAGGCCUAUAUACUACAAGUCAAUGUUUUCCAAAGGUAAGCCAGCAUGCCCAUGGGUUAUCCACAGCCAGUGUGGGAUGAGGAUGGAGAAGGUGCUGUUUACUGGUUAUGCUCCCUCUGCUAUUGCCAGGUUCCAUGCCCAAAGCAAAAGCUGUGAUUUUUACCUUUGCACCUGUGAGCUGCGCAAGGACAGGGUUGAGUGAACCCAAGGCUCUGUACCAGAUAACUAUUAAUGAUGCCCUGACAGCACUGGAUGUGUUCAUGGGCUUUACCAUUGGCCUUCAUGGACUGUGUGUUCAGGUUACCUACUUCCCCCAAGCUGUCAAUGUGUCUAUAAGUCAAAAACAAAAUCCCCCCAAACUAGUAGAGAAUUGUAUUUUUGGUUUUGCAUAUAGGCCUAGGUGUAAAGAAAUGUUUAAAAGAAUAUGAAUAGUUCACUGAGUCCAGGCUGCUCAUUCUCUCCUGCUCACAAAUGUGUUAUGGUUCUCUCAAAAAGCAUCAGCCAGCAGUCUCUCCAGGGAUGUUCCUAUAUCCACCCAUUGUAUUUAUUUUCCAUACAUUUCUGAGCAAGUGCAUCCAUUGUAUAGAAAUAACAAUCUGCCAAACCCUGCUUAACACUGUUGUAAUACCUUUUGAACAGGAGCUGAUCUCAAUGGAAAGGAGGCUCAUUGUUGUCUGCUCUCCACAGUGAGCCUGGGUUGUUUGAAUGUCCUGAUCUGCUCUCCACAGUGAGCCUGGGUUGUUUGAAUGUUCUGAUCUGCUCUCCACAGUGAGCCUGGGUUGUUUGAAUGUUCUGAUCUGCUCUACACAGUGAGCCUGGGUUGUUUGAAUGUCCUGAUCUGCUCUCCACAGUGAGCCUGGGUUGUUUGAAUGUUCUGAUCUGCUCUCCACAGUGAGCCUGGGUUGUUUGAAUGUUCUGAUCUGCUCUACACAGUGAGCCUGGGUUGUUUGAAUGUCCUGAUCUGCUCUCCACAGUGAGCCUGGGUUGUUUGAAUGUUCUGAUCUGCUCUCCACAGUGAGCCUGGGUUGUUUGAAUGUUCUGAUCUGCUCUCCACAGUGAGCCUGGGUUGUUUGAAUGUUCUGAUCUGCUCUCCACAGUGAGCCUGGGUUGUUUGAAUGUUCUGAUCUGCUCUCCACAGUGAGCCUGGGUUGUUUGAAUGUUCUGAUCUGCUCUCCACAGUGAGCCUGGGUUGUUUGAAUGUUCUGAUCUGCUCUCCACAGUGAGCCUGGGUUGUUUGAAUGUUCUGAUCUGCUCUCCACAGUGAGCCUGGGUUGUUUGAAUGUUCUGAUCUGCUCUCCACAGUGAGCCUGGGUUGUUUGAAUGUUCUGAUCUGCUCUCCACAGUGAGCCUGGGUUGUUUGAAUGUUCUGCAGUUCAAACUCUUGUAUUCUUUUUGUGGAAAAGGGGAAAAAUAGACAAUCUGGGUCUCAUAUCGUGCUCUGAUUCCAAUUAUGCUAACUUGAAACAGGAUGGCUCUUAUUGGCUGAUCCGGGAGUAAAAAAUCGCAUAAAUGUAUGAGGUGCAUAGAUGAACCGUCAGUUUCUGUAGCUGUCUGUCUGUUUCAGACUGACUAGACUGCUUGCCCUGUCUCCUUGGCUCCAUCAUUCAGACAGGACCCAGCGUUCAUUUAGAGGAGCCCUUUGAGAUUCUGUAUGUGUGUGUGUGUUAUGGCAAGAUGAGAGAUGGCGACCGGUCAGCCAUCCCCAAUACCCAUAGCCCUGUUCUAUGGUGAAUGCCUACAUUCAAGUCUUCCUACUGUUUGAGCAGUGAAUAGUUUAGGUUAGACUGCAAGCUAUCAGUAAGGCAUUGAAGGUCAUUGAUGAAAAUUGCUUUAAAAGCGAGACCAAAAUAGUAAUUUCAUACCCAUUUUACUCUCCUCCCCAUACAGAACCUGUGGUUUUGCAUCUCUUUGUGACCGCAUCACUAAUGUUGAGUCUUAUCCAAUGUUACUGUUCUGUAGAACUGUAGACACAGGGUGUAUUUCAGGCUGUGAAAAGCCUGGGGGUGGCUGGCUGCUCUUUGAAAGGUUAUAGCUCUGUUAUUCAGAGUGAUGACUCUGUAAGGAGGCCACACACAGUCUAUAGACCUAAAAAAUGUUAAACAAAGUUCAAGUACCCUUAGCCUAAUUUGUUUUUCUGUAAAUCAACCUUACUGUAUGAAGUUUGUACUGUUCCUCCUGUGUCAGUGUUUGCUUUUUGGCCUGCCAGGGAUUUGACAGUGGGGUGGGUAGGGAAGGACAUAAGCAUACUAAUCCAACUAGAGAGUGAAAAGGGUGCUCACACCGCUCAGCCUAAACCUUUUUUCAUUAUCUAAUUAUUAACUGCGGAUUCUGAGAACUGCAAAGAUGAGCUGAGAGGGUUGGGGGGGUGAAUGCGAAGCGAGUGUCUUUUUGUCUGUGUGUUUUUGUGUUUAUUGAAAGGAAGGGUCUCAGGGCAGUGUUACUCUGCUCCAGUCAAGGCCCUGGAGGCUGCUCAGAGAGGAGCGGAGAGACUGGAAGGUCAGGCAGAGCACAGCCUCAUCUAUGUGCUGUAAAGCUACUAUCUGCCAGAAGGAUGGCCUUUCUCACUUUCAGCCUGAACAAAACGAUUCAGUAAAUGGAAGGCACACUUUCUAGAUGAGAUAGCAGGUUGAUGUCGUAUCAAUUGCUCUCUCAAGGGUAUCCUACUCUUUUUGAAGGAUAGACUGCAUGUCCCUGGGGUUGCCAUUUGUAUCCAGUAAGAAUUUAAGAGGAUCAUGUCAUACCUCUGUCCAUUUAAACUAUAACAGCCAUCAUCAUCUAGCUCCGCCAUCACUGCCCUUCUCCCUUCCAAAUGACCUCGUUAUCUUCCCACACACAAUCCCGUUCCUCAAGAGCCCAGGGAAAAGACAAUAGUUUGUACAAUUAGACAUUUUAUUUUCCUAUGUCAUUCCCUCAGGCCCCCUACAAAUUUUGCCCUCAGUCCAUCAUUGUUGGAGCGGACAUUUUGUCUGCCAAAACAUCCUUAUCAGGGAAACCUUGGGAGACAAAAGAUGGAGUGCAGAGCCAGAGGUCCUUAUCUCUGUGGCAGACCCUCAGCGGACCGCAUCACGCCUGAUAACGCCUCUUAUCAGAGCCACUGAUGUCACCCCAAAGUGGCAAGGAUUUACCGUCCUUGCCACUCUCUUUCUCUCAUUAUCCAUCGCCGUGGAGACCUUGUAGACUAGAGCACAAAGCUCGCAGGCAAUUGGUUGGGAGAAGAAGAGGAGGAGCUGAGUAGAUCUAAGUGAGGUUUAAGUCGAGUCAGGAGCUGGGGUACAUAUUAGCUGGUGUUCAUUUGAGGGAAAACUGUUCAGCAGUAGUUUGUUGGAGGCCUUUUGAAUUAAGCAUUAGGGGCUGAGGAGGUGUGGUAUAUGGCCAAUAUACUACGGCUAAGGGCUGUUUUUAUGCGCAACACAGUGCCUGGAUACAGACCUUUUUAGCUGUGGUAUAUUGGCCAUAUCCCACAAACCCCCGAGGUGCCUUAUUGCUAUUAUAAACUAGUUACCAACGUAAUUAGAGCAGUAAAAAUAAAUGUUUUUUCACACCCGUGGUAUACGGUCUAAUAUACCACGGCUGUCAGCCAAUCAGCAUUCAGGGCUCAAACCACUCCGUUUAUAAUAAGUAAGCACUAUGGCUUAGCAGGUGGGGAAUUGGAUACAUGACCAUGAUGUUUCUGCUUUAAAUCCCUAUUGGGUCACAGCUGUAAUAAGGCUGGAGUAGAGAUGUGUUGUUGUUAUCUUGCUGACAGGUGCUUGACUGGAUGAUGAACACAAGAUAUAUUGGGUUUAAACGAUGCCUUGAAUUGUAAAAUGUGCUGCAUGUGUUUGUAAUGAAACAUUUACUUUGUCAUGCAUUAACUUUGUCAGCUAAAGUUAGGAGAAUCUUUAUCACUGAGUUAGUAAGAGACAGAGAAAAUGUCUGACAGGCGAUAGAAUGAGCCCUUUAGCUCAGAUGCUGUCAACAGAACUGGUGCUCCCUGAACUCACUUUGAUCUGUGCACUCUGUCCUUUUAGAGGCAGUCUAAUGGAGAAUGCAAAAGCACUUUUACUCGAAGGGCUCACAACCACUUUAUUUUACUUUUAGAUUUUGAUGGGAUGAAAGAAACGUUGUCAGUUAUGCAUGACCAUUUCCUUUUCUCGCUUCCUUUUCCCCUCUAAGUAUAUUUUUCUGCUUAAAUAAAGCAGUGGUCUCUGAAUGAUAAUGCCUUUCUUGAUGCAUUUUUAUCCAGGAGAAAAUUUGGGGAGUAGCCUAAUGGAAGGUAUUCUGAUACUCGUCUCUUAGUUUCCACCGGUAAAGCAGUGACGGCAUUUCCCCCGAGAUUCCUUUUCGUUCGCUGUGCCUUUUCUCCCCUGCCCUCCUUUGACGUGUGGUAAUGAAGGGUUGUUGUGAAAUUGGUAUUCUUUUCAAAAUGAAGUCCGACCAUCGAGAGAGGCUUUUAGCUUUUCAGCUUUUCAGCUGUGUGUGAUCACAUGAGAGGCUGUGCUGGGUGGUUUUGAUGUGGGGAUGUCAAAGUAUGAGAAGAGAGGCAGAAAGGGGAGGAGAGGGGUGAGAGGUGGGGUGGAUCUCUUCAAGCACCUGACUAGAAUGAAAGCCACGUUGUUCCUCCCUUUUGAGCUGGAGGUAAUUCUGUUUCUGCAGCCAGUCACUGCGCUCUGUCUCCUGCAUCUGACUCACUUAAGCUGGCCUGUGGCCCUUGAGGCAGAACUGAAAACAAUAAGCCAAAGAACUGUAGAAGAAAAGUGGAAGAGAGGGAGGAUAAAGAAAUGAAGCCUCUCUGAGACAGCUGUGUGCAAGGCAUUCACUUCAAUUGAAAUUUCAGCGGCGCAGUUUAUUUUGGCCGGGAAUAUAAAGUAGUAUUUUGAUUUGCUGACACAAAGAUGAUCGUUCCGUACUAUCGGAUGUUGCAGGUAGGCCUAUGCACCUAUAGUAUCUAUAGGGGCUAGAAUAUAGUACCCCACUUAGGCCUAGUGUUCAGAAUGAUAACUACGAUCAAAGAUACUGGGGGAACACUUCAUACACAAACACACCUUUAUGUGUGUGCCAAAGCCAUUUGGGAGAACUAGCUACUUUUGGAUUUUCGCUCAUGAUCAAUACCACCAUCAAUUCAUAGAGCAAUUCUAGAGUCUCUGAGGACCGGGCUAUUGACUGGGUACAGGAUGCAGCUGGCAGCAACAGCAGACCGUGUAAAUGGACUGUGUUAUUGCAACAGACAGGGCAAUAUGGAGAAGAGCGAAGAGCCAUCCUAGCGUCUAAAGCGGAGUGGGGAAGUUGGUUUGAUGUUAAGUGAUUUUACAUUCUUAGAUAUGUAGUGUCCGCAGUUCAAAGGGGUUGCUGAGUUUGACUAUGGUAAUACAGGCCUGAGGUGGGAACAGUUUUUAAAACAUUUUUUUAUUUAGGCUUUAAAAAGGAAAGUAGAGAGCAUGCAUGCAUUGGAGGGAGAGCACAGGGAAACUCCUGAGGGGGAGACCUCCAUCAGCGUGGUUCCCCCGAGGUCCAAGCGGCUGUAGAACCCCCAGAAAGCUGUAGCCAUGUUAGCCUGCCUACAGAGACGGCAGCAGAACCUCUCAUCUCAGCACCUGGUCUGCACCCCCAAGAUCCUGGAUGCUCCCCCACAGCAGCCGCAGCCCAGCACGAGAAAAAGUGAGCUGUCCUCCAUGAAUGGCCCUCGGUAUCCAUCCCCUGCAGAGCUGGAUGCCUUUGCCCAGAAGACGGCCAGCAGCCCCCUGUCCAUCAAGAUCUUCCCAUCCAACAUCAGAGUGCCGCAGCACAAACAGCUGAACAGGACUGUCAACGGCCUGGACACCACAUGCACCCAGCACUACAGUCCCUACUCAGGAGGCUACCAGGGCCUACUGGGUGUUGUAAAGGCCACCGUCUCCGUGGUCAAAGGCGUGCUGAAAAACUCUGAGGGCAAGAGGACGAAACAUUCCCCCGCCCAAACUGCAGCGGCACCAUACAACCCUCUCAGUAACAACAGACACGGGCAGCAGAAGAGCUACCACAUGGGCUCCUGCAAGCCUCCUGACGGGCCCAAAAUGGCUGUUCCCUCUAAUAUCAUUGUUGCUGCCUCUGUCAUCCCCACCCCAGUAGGACAGACUCUGGCCUCUCAGUCGGACCUGGACGUCCAGAGCCUGCUGAGGCAGAUGAACAGACACUCCCACAGCCAGGCCCUGCAGCACGGGGGAGAGGCCCAGCCAAGCCCCUCACGCCAGGCUGUGGCUGCUGUGGCCUGCUCAGACUCUGGCUUUACCUGGGGAGUGGUGCCCCAGAGCAGCCUAGCGUACUCCGGGGCUGUGCUGCCUACCCAGAGCGCAGACAUGGCCCAAGCUGGCUACCUGGAGAGAGUGGACUAUAGCAUGUGGCAGCACCAACAACAACAGCAGCACUACCAACAGGGGGCGCUAAGGAUGUACAACAAUGCUCGAAUGGGCAGCGGGGGAGGGGCCGUGGUCAGCCGCUCUCCAGAGACCUGUCUCCCUUUGGCCUGCUCAGCACAGCUCUCCUAUAGGCACCAUACCCUCAGUGCAGGCACUAACGGGGCAGGAGCAGGGAUUGGGCAGGACCGGGUUAGCUCCUCCCCUCUGAACUGUGCUGCUAUGCAUGGGGAGUUCUCUGUGGGCCAGUACUUCGCCCCUCCCUGGAACAGUGUUCUGGUCACCCCGGACAGUGACUGUUACAACCCUCAGGAGCUGGUGCCUGGUUCCUCAAUGGGCCGGGCCAGAGACAUGGGGCUCUCCCAACCCCACCCUCACCCCAACCACCAGCUCCACCCCCACCACCAUCCUCACCCCCAGGUCUACGCCACAGACCAAAGCUUGGGCAUCUGUUGUGGGCUGCCCAGCACCAGCCUGUGCCACGCUUCUGUGCUGAGCAGCAGCCUGCAGUCUCUGGAGUGCCUGAUCAGUGAUCUCCACCCGCCCUGCAUCAAGGAGAGCAUGCUGGGACGUGGCUACGAGGCGGUGGGGAUGCCAAGGCUACUAGACCACAACCUACAGCACACCCACGUCCAGCUGCCUGUGUUCAGAUAAGACAGGAUGUGUCCACACAGGGCACUCAGACUGAAAUAUUCUGUAAAACAUGAACUCCAUGGAUGCAGGUGUGUAAUUUUGAAGAGACCACCUCAGAAUGAGAAACGUACUGUACCUUUUUAUUUAGCGUGUGUGUUGUAUUGGUACAGGGCUACGUGGUUUGGAAUUGACCAAGUGUUGUAAACCUUAAACGGGUAAUGAUAAUCAUGACUGACCUGCAGGGUCAUCUUAUUUGACGUCUUAAUGUUUUCAUGGCGGAGGAUUUGUCGAUCAAUCAGAGAAUCAGUUCACAUCUGCCACAUUUGUUCCUCAGAAUAAUGUGUUUUGAAGCUUGUUUUUUGUCUCCAUCUGUCCACUGUUUAUUUUUUAAAUCAUUUAAGAAUGUUAUCAUUUGAAGUAAGGUGAAAAGGUGAUGCGCAGGCAAUCCUCCUAAUGCCCUUUACAAAGUGCAAAAAAAAUACAACUGGAAAAUGGUAUAUACUUAGGGCAUACAAUGGCCCAACUCCAGGCCUCCAGACUGUCAGCUUGUUUUUAUUUAACCCUUACCGUUAAUUGACCAAUAAAAGUCACUGAUUAUAAUGCACUGCUGUAAGACAUGGGGAAAUGUGUCAGGGAACCGUUUUUAUUUUCAAAAGAAACUUCAUCUUGAAUAUUUUUGUAUUUUUGUUAGGCACAACCUAUGUUGGCUGCUAAUGGAGGAUAAUAUCUUUAUAUAAUGAUUGACCUUUGCUUUUGUUGUCUUCUCUACAAUUAUGACUGUCUGUUACCACGCUGUUGCUAGGCCCCAUGUCACAGGCAAGAGAUCUGCUAGUCAUCAUGUUAAUGUUUGAUGGAAUGACAGAGUUAUCAUGUUUUACCCAAAACAGCACUGAGACAUUGGGGAUGGGAUGUGUCAUUUGAUUCUCUGAUUUGUUGACAUUUUGCUCUUAGCUUUGGUUGACAUUCAUCAUUUAGGUCAUCAAUAACAAAAAUACUACCUUAAUCAACAGGAGUCCUUCCGAUAGUUUUCCAGAGACAGGAGAAAUGUGUUUUCAAACUGAAGGCAUGACUAUCAAAUUGAAGUAUUCCAAGGUAGAGCAUUGGUUUACAAAUGAGUCGAGUUCACUGGAGAGGUGUCCCUUACUGAUCACUGGAGAACAGGCAUUUUUUACAGUAUAAUUCACUGCUUUUCUGUCAAUGUUUUCUUUCUGAAAAUAAGAUGUUGUUUCAUUGUAGUGGUCUAUCUGAUGCCUGAGAAGUAUGGCUAUAUAAAGAAGCUCUUUAUAUGUCAGCACUGUCAAAUAUGACUUUUUUUUUCAACCAGUCAGUCAGGAUUCUGUUGGAUGACAAUGUACAUAACUGACUCAAUGAUUAUGAAGUGCAAUUACAAUAUUUAACAGGUAUUUAACUCUACAAACAUGUUGAAAUGACUACAUUUACAUGAGUACAUGCAUAACCCGAGACUCCCAUACCCAGUCUCCUAUUCUUAAUUAAGAUUGUCAAAUAAAUAUUUUUUUUCUUCUAA